AUGUUCACCUUAACAAAUAAGAUAUUGUUAAAAUCAUCUAAACAUUUGAAUUCUCUUUUGACGGAUGAUUCUCGUAACGAAUUUGAUAUUGAUGCAUCUGAUUUAUAUGAAGAAAUUAAAACACUCAAGAUUUACUUUGAAUCAACUUCAACUUCAGAAGGUUCUCAACAAUAUCCUAAGUUCAUUUUGGAGUUUAUAUUUCAAAGUCAAUUAUUGUCAACUUUUCCAAAUAUUUCAAUAGCCCUUAAACUUUUACUCACUUUGCCCGUAUCAGUAGCCUCGGGAGAAAUAUCGUUUUCUAAGCUAAAAAUUAUUAAAAAUUAUUUGAGAUCUACCAUGUUACAAGAUAGACUUAAUGAUUUAUCUAUAAUUGCCAUAGAAAAUGAUAUUAUGGAUUCCCUGUAUUUGGAAGAAUUGAUUAAGGAUUUUUCCGCAAAGAAAGCAAGAAAAACGAUUUUUCUAUGA